AUGUUUUCUGGCUUUAGUUCUUUCGGCAGUGGAAACGGUUUUGUUAACAUGCCUCAAACGUUUGAGGAGUUCUUCAGAUGCUACCCUAUAGCUAUGAUGAACGAUAGAAUACGGAAGGAUGACGCAAACUUCGGCGGGAAAAUCUUCCUGCCACCAAGCGCUCUAAGCAAGCUAUCUAUGUUGAAUAUAAGAUAUCCCAUGCUUUUUAAACUAACUGCCAAUGAAACAGGACGUGUGACGCAUGGGGGUGUUUUAGAAUUUAUUGCUGAAGAGGGCAGAGUCUACUUGCCACAAUGGAUGAUGGAAACUUUAGGCAUACAGCCAGGAUCCUUAUUACAAAUUUCGUCUACUGAUGUACCCCUGGGCCAGUUUGUGAAGUUAGAACCCCAGUCUGUAGACUUCUUAGAUAUCUCCGACCCCAAAGCAGUCUUGGAAAAUGUACUGAGGAAUUUUUCGACUUUGACUGAGGACGAUGUUAUUGAGAUCAGCUAUAAUGGUAAGACAUUCAAAAUUAAGAUUUUAGAAGUGAAACCAGAAUCAUCAUCGAAGAGUAUAUGUGUCAUUGAAACGGAUUUAGUAACAGACUUUGCUCCACCUGUAGGGUAUGUGGAACCCGAUUACAAAGCGCUGAAGGCUCAGCAAGACAAAGGAAAAAAGAGCACCUUUGGUAAGGGCCAAGUUUUGGAUCCCUCAGUGCUUGGACAAGGAUCAAUGUCUACAAGAAUUGACUAUGCGGGCAUUGCCAACAGUAUCAGAAACAAACAAUCUAAUUUUGUAGGUCAAGGACAAAAUAUAUCCGGUAAAGCUCCAAAAGUGGAACCCAAACAAGAUAUAAAAGAUAUGAAAAUAACUUUUGAUGGUGAGCCCGCCAAGUUAGAUUUGCCCGAAGGCCAAUUAUUCUUCGGUUUCCCAAUGGUACUACCGAAGGAAGACGAAGGGAGCGGCAAUGGUAGCAAAUCCAGCGAACAAAAUUUUCAUGGUCAAGGGAUCUCGCUAAGGAAGAGUAAUAAAAGAAAAACAAAGAAUGACCAUGAUUCAUCUAAAUCCAAGGCCCCUAAGAGCCCCGAAGUAAUCGAAAUUGACUAA